AUGAGGAUUCCAAAGCUGCUGUCUUUCCUUUGCUUGGCCAGUAAGGCCUUGUCGGCCUCGGUCGUUAAUGGCACAACUUGCACGGUUACACCUCUAGGUUCAGGGUCCAACGGCAAGGAUCCCGAUGAUACACCACAAAUCUUGGACGCUUUCAAGAAAUGUGGUAAAAAUGGCCGUGUCGUGCUGGCCGAGGGACUGUUCCACAUUGGACAGGUCAUGAAGACAACCGACUUCUCCAAUGUCACCAUCGAGAUUCACGGCACGCUCAAGUGGUCCUCGGACAUACAGUACUGGCUGCGCAACAGCAUCUCGGUGACCUACGCCGGCCGCAGCACGGCGUGGAUGGUGGGCGGAAACGACAUCACCAUGUUGGGCUUUGGCCGGGCGCUCUUUGAUGGCAACGGACAACUCUGGUAUGAUCAGAACCGGAACCAGGGCAACCAAAACGGCCGGCCCAUCUCGCUGACGCUGUGGAACGCGCGCAACGUGCUCGUCGAUGGCAUCUCUUGGCGUCAGUCGCAGUUCUGGCACACCUUUGUUGCACACAGUCAAAAUGUCACGAUGACAAACCUCGAUAUGAACGCUACUAGUAGCAGCCAGUGGUCUACGGUCAACACGGACGGUGUCGAUACGUGGAACUCCAAGGACGUCGUUAUCGCAAACUGGACAGUCACAUGUGGCGAUGAUUGUAUUUCCAUGAAGGGCAACAGUACAAAUAUAUCCGUGUCCAACGUGACGUGCUACGAGUCUGGAUGUGCGUGUAUUGGAUCUAUAGGGUCCCAAGCAUCCCAGCCAGACUAUGUAGAAAACGUUUACUUCGACAAUGUCACAUGUAUACACUCCUCGAAUGCGGCAUGGAUCAAGACGUAUUCCGGUACGGGCCGAGUCCGCAAUAUCACCUUUGCCAACUUCCACAUCAGCCAGGUGGACCAGCCCAUCUAUGUGACCCCGUGUAUUUAUAGCGCUUCUGGUUGUGAUAGCAGCCGCUUGGGCAUCAGUGACGUACGCUGGGUCAACAUUACUGGAACGAGCCGUUAUAAUGUCGCUGCGGGAAUUCAUUGUAGUGCUGCGACUCCUUGCAAGGGCUUUAGUAUGGAAAAUGUCAACAUCACGCCGGCCGCUGGAGGGUCAGCCAAAUGGCUGUGCUCGAAUAUUGAGGCACAGUCAUCUUCGGGUAUCCCCUGCACUGGCACAUGUCCUGCAAACUGGCCACAGCAAUUGAAGGGAAACCAGUGA